AUGGUUCGGGAUUAUGUUCCUGACCCAAAUUUCCCCUGGAACCAAAAUGCAGAGCAACAGCACCAGUAUCAGAACCGGAUUCAGAAUUACAAUUACUACCGUCCAGAAUAUGAGAAUUCUUCUUCUUCUUCCGUUGUUACGAACAUGGCCAAUCCCAGCCAUGCUACAGAUUCAACCUAUAACUACACUCUUGAGCAGCUGAGAUUGCCAGACUACCUCGCUAGGUUGAGGCCACUCGGAUUGAAACUCAAUAAUUCUCCCGAACUGGCCCGCUGGAUGGAGAGUCAGCUGAAUGCUCCCCGAAUUGAAACGACCUGGCUCAGGGAUCCCAGCUCUCAGCCCGCUUCAGAGAAGCAGAAACCUGCAAUCAAACCCGUAAAUAUGCUGAAAAUCGGUUCUUGGGAGAGAGUUGCGAGGAACGAGAGUGAUGUGGUGGCGAAGUGUUAUUUUAAGAAGGAGAAACUGGUCUGGGAGAUAUUGGAAGGAAGUUUGAAGAGCAAGAUUGAAGUUCAGUGGUCUGAUAUCAUUGCCAUUGACGCCUGUAUUCGUGAAAACGAGCCUGGAGUUCUUCGUUUGAAGCAACGUCCUAGUUUCUUUCGAGAAAAGGAUCCACAGCCAAGAAAGCACACACUCUGGAUGCCGACAUCAGAUUUCACUGGCGGCGAAGCUUCAAAAUGCAGGAGGCAUGAAAUAGUGUAUCCACCAGGGAAGCUAGAGAAGCCAUAUGAAAAGCUUCUCCAAGCCGAUCAAAGGCUCUUUCAACUAAGCCGCAACCCAUUCCCCAGUCUCCAAGAUCCUUACUUUCCACCUCUGCCUGACUUCUGUCCCGGUUUCAACCCGACCCUCAACCUGGUCAUCAACCCUGUUCUGUACCCAAACCCUCAGCAGCAUUUCUCCCAGCUUUCCUCUCCAUCCCCAGUUUCAGAUCAGCAAAUGAUCACCAAUGCUGCAAUGUGGGGCGAGAUGCUGCCAGAGCCCAACCCAAAUGUCGGGCUGGUUAGCUACGACAUGUCAGCCGCGGGGAACCAGUACUUGGCACCAGAGAGAAGUUAUUAUGAUUCGAGCUCAGGAGCUUCUUUAUCAGAUGGGCAUAUCAACAACAACAACCUGUUUGAUACUGAAAUGAGCAGCAAUCAGUUCAGUGGGUCGGUAUCGGAAGGAUCCCCUUCUUCAGUUGAUAAGAAUUUCCUGAUGAUGCAAAGAUUGGAAAUCCUUGGUAAUCUGGAGACUGGUCAUUAUGCUGACUUGGCGAUUCCUCGGAACGAGAUGUUCGACAACCAGCAGCAGCAGCAGUAUCAGCAGCAGGGUUUUGUUCCAGAUCCGGCUGCUGCUGGUUUGAUUACAGGUGGGGAAAUGUAUGCGCAGCAGCAGCAGGUUUUAGUUCCGGAUCGCGCUUCUACUGGUAUGAUUAUGAAUGGUGGGCAAAUGUAUGAGCAGCAGCAGCAGCCAUCAGGGUUUUAUGGGUAUCCCUACCCUGUUGGAGGGAUUUCUGGUGCUGGGAUGGUGCAUUUCGACCUGGGCAAUAACAUUGAGAGAGUUCUAAGAAUGGAUCUCGACCCGGCACAACAAUUUUAG